AUGCCUGCCUCAUCCUCGGAUAUCGCGUAUCAGUUUGGCGCCGCUUUUCUGGGCGUCAUAGUGGGGGCGAUUCUCUUUGGGAUCUCCAUAUUGCAGACCUUCCUCUACUACAAGACGUAUCGCGAGGAUAAGAUUUACUACAAAGUGACUGUCGCCAUUCUCUGCUUUCUCGAUGGAUUGCAUCUCUCCUUUUCCGUCCAUAUGAUCUUCAACUAUCUAGUCAAGAGUGCUGGUGCCCCUGACCCAGCAGAUACAGUCGUAUGGAGUCUGAAGGCCUUAGGCGUCGUGAACGUGAUUAUUAUCUGGAUGGUGCAAUGCUUGUAUUCUCUUCGAGUGUGGCAGUUAUCCAGCAAGACGUCUCAAAUUCAGUCACACAACCGCACAACACGUCUGACACUCGCAAUCGUCUCGUUGGUGGCAGUCGCGGCUCUUGCCGUAGGAUGCGCGUUCAUAGCUGAAGUUACUCGCCUUUCAGACCUCACAGUUCACCAUUGGUGGUUAUACACCGGAAAUGCCACAUCCGCAGCGCUGGAUACAAUCCUCGCGAGCAUGAUGGUUGGUCUACUUUACCGCUUGCGAUGCCCUCGGGAGAGGCUCGAGACGCCUCGAAGGGUCAGGUUUAUUGACAAGGUGCGCUUCCAUCGACCACCGACCACUGACAACUACCGAACCACGAGCCUUUGCAGCGUCACUGCAAUUGUUAUGGUUAUACUGUACGCCGUCAAGUCCGACAACUUGGUGUACCUCGCAUUCGUCUUUGUAAUCCCGAAACUCUACGUUAAUUCCUUCAUAGCCCUGUUGAACGCCCGCAAUCAUCUGCGCCGCUCCUUCGAGCAGUCGCCAGUCACUAUCGACUUGCCAAAUUUGCACACCGGUGGACGUCAGUCAUCGGUCCCGAAAGGGACCAUCAACAUCGACAGGCUAGAGAUAGGCGUGAGCAAGCCUGGAGGUAAUCUGGUGACACAGCACAUAGAUAUGCGGGAACGGUUCGAUGAGCCAUUGCUCAUCGAGGACGGUUCACCGCUCUCAGCGGACUCGCACUCACCGUGAACUCGGUAACAUCAGUAUUCCCGCGAAAUCAACCCCCG